AUAGUGGACGCGCUUCUAUCACACACACAAACACAUUUUAGAAAGAGAAAGCUAGAGAGGUUGAAUGAUGUCCCUUUUCAAAGGAGUCAAGUCUUCAUAUGAUAAAUCUGGUUUGUCAAUGCUAAAUUGAAUUUUCAAGAAGUUCAGUGAUAAUGAUCAGAAUAUAAAUAGUUAUUUAUAGUACGUCAGGUAUCUAAAAUGGCUGAUGCGGUGGUUGAAUUUCUCUUGGACAAUCUCAAGCAACUACUUCUCUACAACUCUGAUUUAGUUUUCGGGGUAAAGGACCAAGUCGAAUCACUUUACAAAGAGCUCAGUUUGAUGAAAGCAUUUCUUAAAGAUUCAAAAGAGAAACGAUCUGAAUAUGAAUAUGUACGCGAGUUAGUCAGACAAAUAAGAGAUGUAGCGUACGAAGCAGAAGACACUAUCGACACAUUUGUAGUUAAUGCAACAUUGCAAAGAGAAAGAAGCACUUUAAAGAAAAUCGCCCAUGUAUUUGAGUAUCCAGCAAAACUUCGAUCUGUAGCUAAAGAUAUCGAAUCCAUCAAGACAAAAGUGAAGGAGAUUUAUGAUAACAAGAGGUUUGGUAUUGAAGCUCUUUAUACUGGUGAAUCGUCAAAUAGACCUUCAUCAAAAAGAAGAAAACCUGUGGUUGAAGAAGAUAAUGUUGUUGGCUUUGAUGAAGAAGCAAAAGAAAUAGUGAGUCGGCUCACUAAUAUCUUCAAGUCACUAGAAGUUGUCUCUGUUGUUGGUAUGGGUGGACUUGGCAAAACAACUCUUGCUAAAAAGGUUUACUGUGAUCCAACCAUCGAAUUCCACUUCUUUGUUCGUGCAUGGGUGUAUGUUUCUCAAGAAUACAACCGAAAGGAGGUACUUUUAACCAUUUUGAGUUCGUUAAUCCUGCCAUCUGAUCAAACUUAUAAACUAAAUGAAGACAUGCUUAUUGAAGAAAUAUGCAAACAAUUAAAUGGUCGAAGAUAUUUAAUUGUACUGGAUGACGUAUGGACGCGUGAUGCAUGGAAUGAUCUGCAGAUGGCUUUUCCAAAGCAAGAUUGUGGAAGUAGAAUACUACUAACUACCCGUCAUGCUGAUGUGGCUAGUCUCGCGAACCCUGAUAGUGAGGCUCAUAGAUUGAAGUUUUUAACAGAAGAUGAAAGCUGGAAGCUACUUUCUUUGAAGGUUUUCAGGAGAAACUGUUGUCCAUCUGAGCUGGUUGAAUUUGGUGAAACAAUCGCUAGAAAAUGUGGUGGAUUGCCGCUUGCUAUAGUAGUUAUUGCUGGAAUUCUUUUGAAGAAAGAUAAAACGCGUGAUUUGUGGAAGAGAGUUGCAGAAAGUGUCGGUUCGUAUGUUGCAAAAGAUCCAAAGCAAUGCAUGGAUGUUUUGGCACUAAGUUACAAUCAUUUGCCUGAUCAUUUGAAAGUUUGUUUCAUUUAUUUUGGUGCUUUUCCUGAAGACUUUCCAAUACCUGUUUGGAAAUUGAUUAUGUUAUGGGUGGCAGAAGGGUUCAUACAGCAGAAAGGUCAAGAUUGCUUAGAAGAUUUAGCAGAGGAGUACUUGGAAGAUCUGGUUGAACGGAAUCUGAUAUUAGUCGACAAAAAGAGAUCAAAUGGAAGGAUUAAAACAUGUCGUGUACAUGAUAUGCUGCGCGAUCUGUGCUUACGAGAAGCAGCAGAAGAGAAGUUUUUACAAGUGAUUAAAGGGAACAUGCAAAUACAAGAUCCAAAUUCUUCCAUCUCAUCUGGAAAUUAUAAUUAUCACCGUCGUCUUUGUGUUCAUUCACAUGUCAUGAACUUCAUCCACUCUAAACCGUAUGGUCCACAUGUUCGUUCUUUCUUGUGUUUUCCCGUGGAAGAAAGGGAAUUAUCUCGAGAACACACUUCUUUCAUUCAUGAAUCUUUUAAGUUAGUUCGGGUUUUAGAUAUGAGAUCCAUCAAUAUCUCCCGUUUCCCGGUUGAAAUCACACAGUUGGUCCAUUUAAGAUACAUUGCUCUCUUUGGAAACUUUAAGGUUCUUCCACCAUCGAUUUCCAAGUUAUGGAGUCUACAAUCAUUAAUUGUGGAAACAACAUCGCGUGACCUUGAUAUUCAAGUAGAUAUAUGGAAAAUGUCGCAAUUUAGACAUCUACAUACCAACGGGUCAAGUCAAUUACACGGGCCACGAGCCAAAACACGAAUGGAUAAUGAAGAUCCGUUUGUACAAAGAAACAUACAAACCAUAUCUACCAUUUCGCCCGAUAGUUGCACAGAGAAUAUCCUAGCUAGAACUCCUAAUCUUAAAAAGCUUGGGAUUCGUGGCAAACUUGCGAUUCUUAUGGAAGAAAGAAAAGGUUCCAGUUUGUUUGACAAUCUUGCUAAGCUUGAUAACCUCGAGAAAUUGAAGUUACUAAAUGACACAUUCCCACAGCCGCCAUCUGAAGGUAAGUUACGUAGUCUUCCCCCAUCAUAUAAGUUUCCACCCCAUUUGAACAAGUUGACUUUAUCAGAUACCUUAUUGGAUUGGCAACAUAUGUCUACAAUAGGCAUGUUGCCAAAUCUGGAAGUGCUAAAGUUAAAAGUGUUUGCAUUUAAAGGACCUGAAUGGGAGUCCCUUGAUGGGGGGUUUCGUUUGCUUAAAGUUUUGCAAAUUGGCAAAACGGAUUUGGUGCAUUGGAAGGCCUCGGGUCACCACUUUCCUAGACUAGAACGUGUCGUAAUCGAGCAAUGCGAUAAAUUGUUGGCUAUUCCUCAUGGUUUGGCAGAGGUAUCUGCUUUGCAGACUAUGGAGCUGUAUCACACACCUUCUGCUAUUGAUUCUGCUCGGUUAAUUAAACAACAAAAGCAUCGACAACCACCACCACAACCACACAUGAAAAGUAAUGGCUUUAAGCUGCUAAUAUAUCCUCAAGAAUAGGCACACCAGCCCAAAAGCAGCCUCUCUGUGCUAGAAGUAAGGCGUUGUUGCAGUAGUAAUAACACCAAUUCCAGUUUCACAUGAAGGCGAUCCAAUUACUCUUUAUCUUCAAUUCUGUUUUCUUGCAGGACUUCAUUUCUACAUUAUAUGUAUUUGAGUAUGUUUUGCUGUGUAUUUUGAAACCAUUGUGCUACCUAGAUACAAUUCUCCAUCGUGCUACCUAGACACAAUUCUCUA